CCUCCUCUUCCCUGCCUCCGCUCCACCAUCCAGAUACCGAGGCUCGGCGCUUCGGCACCAAGGACAGUGACCGGCUCCGCGUUGCCGCGAUGUUGCUGCGGGUUGUCGCGCUGACAUGCUGGCUGACGCCUCUCAUCCGCGGCAAUUUACCCGUCGACUGCGGGUUGGAAGAGGCCGAGUUGCUGUGCCCAGUCACCAAGGACGAGAAGGUACAGGAGCGCGGCACAGUGACCCUGCGUUGUACGGUCCAGGAGAACGACAACUCCUCCCUGCAGUGGUCGAACCCUACCCAGCAGACCCUCUACUUCGAUGACAAGAAAGCACUGCGAGACAAUCGGAUCUCCCUGGUCUACUACUCAUGGCACGAACUCACCAUCAGCAUCAGUAAUAUGAGCUUGAAGGAUGAGGGCAACUACACCUGCUCCAUCUUCACCAAGCCUGUCCGCACAGCAGUGGCGAGAGUGGAGGUCUGGGCUGUUCCCAAGAAGCCAGAGAUUUCGGGAUACCGUGGUCCGAUUGCAGAAGGACGGACGAUCACACUGAUGUGUAACACCACAGGCAGUAGGACACUCCCCAGCAUCCAUUGGUUCAAGGGCAAUGAAGAACUGCAAGGUUACUCCAUCCACCAGGGGGAAUCCACUGACCAGCAAACCUCUGUUCUCAGCCUGGUGAACAUCACCGUGUCACGGGAGGACAACGGUGCCCUCAUCAUAUGUGCACUGGACCAACCGGCCAUCGACAACAACGACUACAAGACACAACAGAAGAUUGAAGUUUACUAUUCCCCAACUGUUGAGAUCCGGGAGUCCAAAGCUGUUCCUGAGGAAGGUGCAGAUUUUAUGCUGCGUUGUAUUGGAAGAGGAAACCCAGAACCCAGCUUCUUCACUUGGGUCCGUUUUAACGGGGAUCUGUCUGAAUAUGCAUUUGUCCGGAACGAGAACCUGACCUUCACUAAUCUGAAUAAGACUGACGCAGGAGUCUAUCGCUGUGAAGCCAAGAACAUCAUUGGGACUGGUGGCAAGAACUACACACUGACAGUGCAUGAUCCUCUUUCACAGGUCACCCAGUCGAGCAUUGACCACGCUGUCAUCGGUGGGAUUGUGGCCGUCAUUGUCUUCAUCGUACUGUGUCUCUUCAUCGUUCUGGUCCGCUAUCUGAUCAGACACAAGGGCACCUACCUGACUCACGAGGCCAAGGGCUUGGAUGAUGCUCCAGAUGCUGACACAGCCAUCAUUAACGCGGAGGUGGGUCACUCCAGCUCGGAGGAGAAGAAGGAGUAUUUCAUUUAGUGCAGGAGCGAGGGGGAGAGAGAGCACGGGAGAGAAGAGAAGUGAAGGGUCCCGGCGGUUGAGAAGGAGAUGGGAGCACCUUGGUCCACUGCCGGUGAGAGUGGAUGGCUCCUGCGCCUGCACAAGCACCACCAGAGUUUGCUCAAACUUAUGCCUAGCGUGCAGCCUGAUUAUAACUUACUGUCGUAAACACGAUCGCUGUUAAGUCUAGUUAUUGGUUUAAUAUCCUUCUGUUCAAAGAUUUAUUUGUGAGAGAACAGGAGGAACAGAGGGGAGGGGUAGGGAAAGAAAGCAGGCCAGUAAAUUCUGAUGGGUAUGGGGACCAGACAUCAUGGGCAAUGUCCAUCCUCGCCUGGGUUUUUUCAAGAUUAUUCCUCCAAAUAAUGCCGUGGAAGUGUGUGAUGGGACAAUGUAGAGGAAGCUUCACUCUGUGUCUGACCUGUACCCUGGGAGUGUGUCAUAGGACAGUGUAGAGGGAGUUUCACUCUGUGUCUGACCCAUUCCCUGGGAGUGUGAGAUGGGACAGUGUAGAGGGAGCUUCACUCUGUGUCUGACCCAUUCCCUGGGAGUGUGAGAUGGGACAGUAUAGAGGGAGCUUCACUCUGUGUCUGACACGUGUCCUGGGAGUGUGUGAUAGGACAGUGUAGAGGGAUUUUCACUCUGUGUCUGACCCGUACCCUGGGAGUGUGUGAGGAGACAGUGUAGAGGGAGCUUCACUCUGUGUCUGACCCGUGUCCUGGGAGUGUGUGAUGGGACAGUGUGGAGGGAGUUUCACUCUGUGUCUGACCCGUGUCCCGGGAGUGUGUGAUGGGACAGUGUAGAGGGAGCUUCACUCUGUGUCUGACCCGUGUCCUGGGAGUGUGUGAUGGGACAGUGUGGAGGGAGUUUCACUCUGUGUCUGACCCGUGUCCUGGGAGUAUGUGAUGGGACAGUGUAGAGGGAGCUUCACUCUGUGUCUGACCCGUGUCCUGGGAGUGUGUGAUGGGACAGUGUGGAGGGAGCUUCACUCUGUGUCUGACCCAUGUCCUGGGAGUAUGUGAUGGGACAGUGUAGAGGGAGCUUCACUCUGUGUCUGACCCGUGUCCUGGGAGUGUGUGAUGGGACAGUGUAGAGGGAGUUUCACUCUGUGUCUGACCCGUGUCCUGGGAGUGUGUGAUGGGACAGUGUGGAGGGAGCUUCACUCUGUGUCUGACCCGUGUCCUGGGAGUAUGUGAUGGGACAGUGUAGAGGGAGUUUCACUCUGUGUCUGACCCGUGUCCUGGGAGUGUGUGAUGGGACAGUGUGGAGGGAGUUUCACUCUGUGUCUGACCUGCACAACUGCUGGCCUGUCUUGGCGACAGAUAUUUCCUGCAUUUUGGAGUUUGGCGGCAUUAUCGAUGUUUGCAUGGUCACCCCUCAGCAGCAAGUCCUCUACCCUGGCUAAGCAUUGGAAGACAGCUGCAUCACUGGUCUUCCAGUUUCUCAAUAGUGACCCUUUGGGCUUGAUUGCAAUAGGCCAAGUCUUACUACCCCUCCCAACCACACUCCUGUUCUGCAAAGUUUGAUAUGAUUGGCUGGAAUUAUAUACAUAUACGUUAUAAAUAUAUACAUAUAACUAUGAAUAAUAAGUGGAUGUCUACAUGUGUCUUGAAAAAACAGCACUGCAAUUGGCUGGGAGUUUUCACGUGUAUAUUAAGCAGCGCUGUAAUUGGUUGUUUGCUGUGUCUGCACUCUGCCCCACACACAGUAAGGGCAACGUGUUGUAUCUGGGUUUGGUCAUUGGGGGUAUUGGGUGUUGUUUUUGCAAAUAUUUUAAAUAAUAAAAGGGAAAGAUUUAAACCCUU